AUGGAUGGAAUGGAUAUGGGCAGUAGCACCAGCUCAAGCUCAAGCUCAAGCAGCAUGAGCACCUCAAUGACUAUGACAUUCAAAAACUCUCAUGACACCCCACUCUUCUCCCAUACUUGGACACCUUCGUCUUCCGGUGCCUUUGCAGGAACAUGUAUCUUCUUGAUUGUUCUCGCUAUCAUUGAUCGGUGCCUGAUCGCGUUCAAGGCUGUCAUGGAGCAACACUGGCUCGCCGCUCACCUCAACCGUCGCUAUGUGACAGUGGCUGGGAAGAACACCGAGUCUGGCAAUAUCGAGACCGACGCAGACGCGAAGGUCGCAUCACUGAUCACUGCUCAAGGUGUCGAGCAAUCCGUCAAAGUGGUGCACAACCUCAGUCGAGGUCCUAUUCCCUGGCGCUUCAGCGUUGAUCUGCCACGGGCACUGCUCUUUGUCUGCAUUGCUGGAGUCUCCUAUCUACUGUACGUUUUCUACUCUGGUCGAAUUGGCCUGACGAAUUGGCACUCACAAUCCUUUAGCAUGUUGGCAGUCAUGACCAUGAACAUCGGCUACUUCUUUUCAGUGCUCGGGGGCGCUUUCCUCGGAGAAUUGGCGGUCGGACGCUUUAUUCAUUGGCCCGAGCACGGGCAUUAA